AGAAACGUUAGACGAACAAAACGACAAACGUAACAGCCCUCCAAAUUAUUACAUUUCCGCUCCAUAUAUUGCAAGAUAGAUGUUUCCCAGGCUCUCUCCCCCUCUAAUUCCACACAUUCUCACGACACUCUCAUCUCACACGAUCAAUUUUUUCAGAUCGAUUUUCGGUUUAGCAAGAAGCAACACUCAGUGUCAAAUUCCGGCGAUGGAUCCGUGUCCGUUUGUACGUCUGAUAGUAGAAUCACUAACUCUGAAACUCCCGCUAGCCACUAAAUCUGCUGCAGGCUCCGGGGUGCACCCUUCGACAACGCCUUGUUUUUGCAAGCUUCGGCUCAAGAAUUUCCCUUCACAAACCACUCUCAUUCCCCUGUCAUCCACGGAGGCUUCGGCAUCAGCAACUUCCUUCCCGGGCUUCCAUCUCGACCCUGCAACGCUUCGUAGGUUAUCUGAAAAAUCUGUGCACGUCACGCUCUUUGUUUACACAGGCCGCAUGGGAAGAACAUGCGGCCUGAGCAGUGGAAAGCUACUAGGCAAAGUUAGUGUUGGUGUCAAACUAGAUGACAGCGUUGUUUUAGGACCUGUCGUGUUUAAAGAUGGCUGGUUGAAGCUCGGGAAUGAGCAUGCGAAUAGUACUAGUACUGCUGAGUUGCAUGUCGUGGUCCGGUCUGAACCGGACCCGAGGUACGUUUUUCAGUUCGGGGGUGAACCGGAGUGUAGUCCGGUGGUUUUUCAGAUACAGGGGAACAUUCGACAGCCUGUUUUUAGUUGCAAGUUUAGUGCUGAUCGGAACUCUAGAUCAAGGUCUCUUCCAUCAGAUUUCACGACGAACAGGAGAGUAUGGAUGAGGACAUUUUCAGGGGAACGAGAGAAGCCGGGAAGGGAAAGGAAGGGGUGGAUGAUUACAAUCCACGACAUAUUAGGCUCGUCUGUGGCAUCCGCUUCAAUGAUCACUCCUUUCGUGCCAUCACCAGGGACUGAUUGUGUGUCUCGAUCAAAUCCUGGUGCUUGGCUCAUUUUUCGUCCCCAUGGACUCUCAAUGAAGCCAUGGGGACGUCUCCAGGCUUGGAGGGAAAGGGGAUCAAUCGACGGGUUGGGGUACAAGUUUGAGCUUGUCAAUGACACUGGCCUAACUAGCGGCAUUCCCAUUGCUCAAGGUACAAUAAAUUUACAAAACGGAGGGCAAUUCAGCAUUGAAAACACCGUUAAAGACUCUGGAAUAGCUUCAUUGUUUCCAGGCAGGGGAUUUGUAAUGGGUUCAACCGUGGAAGGCGAAGGAAAGGUGAGUAAGCCGACGGUUAUGGUGGGAGUGAAGCAUGUAACUUGUAUGUCUGAUGCUGCUCUAUUUAUCGCUCUUUCUGCUGCUAUCGAUCUCAGUAUGGAUGCUUGUAGACUUUUCUCUCAUAAGCUCGGAAAGGAAUUUAUGCACGAUGAUCACGAUACAUUUUCUUAAACCUUCAAUCUUGUGCCUAACAUAUACAAUAACAUGUCAAGUUCAUAAACAAAACGUUCCAUUCUCUACCCUUUUGCUUCAGAGUGAUGAAAUCAUCGCAGUACACUAUAGCUUUAGACAAUACUCUCUCCGUCCUUCUCAUUUCUUUACAUUUUUUUAUAUUGCUUGACACGUAUUUUAGUCUCCGCAUACUUUUGGCCUAUAAGUUCCUUAAGAGAGUAGAUGUAGUUUAAUAUACCUGUGUGAAGUAUAAUCAGGUUGUUCUGGUCUUAUAUUCGUUAAUUUUUUUUACACUGUAAAUGUAACAGCACGUUGCUGGUUUAUUCUAUCAUUAUAUCAUUGUUCCAUGAA